CCGGGGCCUCGGCAGGCACCGCGCAGCCGGCGGUGUCAGUGCCACGGUGUCCGCCGGGGAGCGAGAGGCAGCGCCGGCGCCCGCCCGCCCGAUCCCCGCGGCCAGGCCCCCGCAUGCAGCCCUCACCCUGGAGCGGCGGCGGCGGCGGAUCGAGGAGCUCUCGAGGUCCUCCCGGCAGCGGCUGCUGCAGUCGCGGGACAGGAUGUUCUCCAAGUUCACCUCCAUCCUGCAGCACGCCGUGGAGGCGCUCGCACCUUCCCUUCCAUUACAAGAAGAUUUUGUUUACCACUGGAAAGCAAUCACCCAUUACUACAUAGAGACCUCAGAUGACAAAGCUCCUGUGACUGAUACCAACAUUCCCUCUCACCUGGAACAGAUGCUGGAUAUUCUAGUUCAAGAAGAAAAUGAGAGGGAAUCAGGCGAAACAGGACCAUGUAUGGAAUAUUUGCUACAUCACAAGAUUUUGGAGACGCUCUACACACUAGGAAAAGCUGAUUGUCCCCCAGGAAUGAAACAGCAAGUUCUGGCUUUUUAUACAAAACUUCUUGGAAGAAUACGGCAACCUCUUCUUCCCCACAUAAACGUGCAUAGGCCAGUGCAGAAGUUAAUCAGGCUGUGUGGUGAGGUUCUGGCAACACCAACAGAAAAUGAAGAAAUUCAGUUUCUCUGUAUUGUAUGUGCAAAGCUGAAACAGGAUCCGUACCUGGUCAACUUCUUCCUUGAGGUCAUUCAGGAUCCUGUUUUGCACCUUUGCAGGAGGCAGAGUAAAUUGAAAGCAAUGGCUCUUCAAGGAUCAGCAAGUGUAAUCACUGAAGACAUGAUAAAAGACCAAGAGUCCGUGACAACAGACACAGGGCAGCCUGGCCAGCCUGAGGAGGCGCCUGCUGCUGCCGGAGCCGAGCACAUGGAGAAAGAAGAUGAGCUCCCACAACAGGCAGAUGAUCUCUCUUUCAGUCUGGAUGAACUCAAUGUCACAUCACCACCUGAGUCCUCCACUGCUUGUCCAAAUCAAGACUAUAAUUUAGUGAAUUCUCUACUAAACCUCACUAAAAGUCCUGACGGCCGGAUAGCAGUGAAGGCCUGUGAAGGUCUCAUGCUUUUGGUGAGUUUGCCAGAACCAGCAGCUGCCAAGUGCCUGACUCAAAGCACUUGUUUAUGUGAAUUGUUGACAGACAGGCUGGCCACCCUCUACAAAGCCUUGCCUCAGUCACUGGAUCCCUUAGACAUUGAAACAGUGGAGGCAAUUAACUGGGGCUUGGAUUCCUAUAGCCACAAAGAAGAUGCAUCUGCUUUUCCAGGGAAAAGAGCAUUGAUUUCAUUUCUUUCUUGGUUUGACUACUGUGAUCAACUCAUCAAAGAAGCACAAAAGACGACUGCUGUUGCUAUGGCAAAAGCUGUGCGGGAACGAUUCUUCAUUGAUGUUAUGGAACCUCAGCUGAUGCAAACUUCAGAGAUUGGAAUCCUCACGUCAACUGCACUAUUGCACCGCAUUGUUCGUCAGGUGACUUCGGAUGUCCUGCUGCAGGAACUGGUGUAUUUUAUACUUGGAGAGCACAGAGAGCCAGAAACACUGACAGACAUCAACAGGCAUCCAUUGCGACACAGGCUGAUCGAGCACUGUGAUCACAUUUCUGAUGAGAUCAGCAUAAUGACUUUACGAAUGUUUGAACACCUUUUGCAAAAACCCAACGAGCACAUUCUUUAUAAUUUGGUUUUGAGAAAUUUGGAAGAAAGAAACUACAUGGAAUACAAGCCUCCCUGUCAAGAAGAUAAAGAUGUGGUAGAGAAUGGACAGAUUGCUGGAGCAGUAGAUCUGGAGGAAGAUCCAUUAUUUACUGAUCUGUCUCCAGAUAACACACUGUCAGCUCAGGAGUGGCUCAGUGCUUCUCCACCUGUCAGUCCAGAACAUCCAAAAAAUGAUGGGAAGACUGAAGUUCAUAAAAUUGUAAAUAGUUUUCUUUGUCUUGUACCUGAUGAAGCAAAGUCAUCAUACCAUGUGGAGGGUACGGGUUAUGAUACUUACCUCAGAGAUGCCCACAGACAAUUCCGGGAUUAUUGUGUCAUUUGCUUACGGUGGGAGUGGCCUGGAUCUCCCAAAUCUUUGGAAAAGUGCAAUUUAGAAGCAUCAUUUUUUGAAGGACACUUCUUGAAAGUCCUCUUUGAAAGAAUGGGCAGGAUUCUUGAUCAGCCCUAUGAUGUAAAUUUACAAGUUACGUCAGUGUUGUCCAAAUUGUCCCUGUUUCCCCAUCCUCAUAUACAUGAAUACCUUUUGGAUCCUUACGUCAACCUCGCCUCUGGCUGCAAGUCUCUCUUUUCUGUGAUUGUCAGGGUCGUCGGGGACCUCAUGGUUAGAAUCCAGCGCAUCCCAGAUUUCACUCCCAAACUUCUGCUGGUCAGAAAACGCCUGCUGGGCUUAGAGCCGGAAGGACCCAUCAUUGACCACAUGACGUUACUAGAGGGCGUGAUUGUGCUGGAAGAGUUCUGCAAGGAGCUGGCGGCGAUCGCCUUUGUGAAGUACCACACCUCAGCCACGCCCUGAGCAGCCCGGCCCGGCCACCCCCGGCUCCGGGCUGGGCUCGGCCGGAGAGCCACCACAACACCCAGAGACAAGGUGAUGCCUCCCGGCAAAGUGACAGGGGAUGUUUGGAGGACGAGUUCCCUUCACCAGAUGUUGAGUUUUCAAAUGGACUUGGAAUAUGAGCGAAGGCAUUUGGGGAGAAACCAAUACACAUCAUUUCUAGCCACUGUGUGAAGAGCUGCAAAAGCUGCAUGAAGAACCACAUACAUCAGACCUUGGUUAUUCUGAUUACAGUGUUUAGAGAGUUUGAGCUCUUGUAUGUCCUGGGGCUCACAUGCACCAAUUUGCUCUUUGUGACCAUAUUACUUUUAAAAAAGCAAAUUAAUUUUAUAACAUUUUUAUGUCUUAAUUAUUUUUCUUUUCAGUUGGAUAUAUGAAAGAAAAACAAACCUAUGACUGCAAUGUAUGUUAUUAAAAAUGCAGUUCAAAAAAUCCACCAAUCCAUAUACAAUAAGAUACGUUAAUGAGGGAUCAUUUUGCUUUUGGUAGAUCUUAAGUACAACUCUGAGCUUGAUCCCUCAGUGGUUUACUACAAGAAAUCUAUCAGUCUAAAAUCAAUACUAAAGAAAUUAAUCCUGAUUCGGCAUCACAUCCAUAACAAAUAUAUCUGAAGUGUACAUGUUUGUAGCAUGUUUGUCUGUGUCAUUCCAAGUGAUUGAUCUCCAAGUUAUUUGUGUAACUAGAUUUGCUUUAGCUUUUUACAUGGGAACUCUAAUUUUUUUACUCAUGUCACCUUUACAUUGUAGGUUAAUUAUAGGUCAUCAUAGUUGUUGCUGAAACAGUAUUUUUAAUUUCUUUUAAAUUGGUAUUAGUCUGAAUUGGUUUAAGAAUCUUUUGUGCCUUGAAAAUCGGUAGCAUAAACAUUCUGUUAUUUUGAGACAUUUUUAUUGCUUAUCUAACUGUCACAGUGAUGCCAACUCAGUUUAAGCAUUGAUAACUUAUUUAGGACCAAAAUUUACACCUGCUUUUCACAGUGCUGGGAUGCAGGAAUGCCUUUCAGUGACCUCUUUUCCAUGUGAAUGCCAUCAGCCAGGCCAGGCACUGGCAAUGUGAGCAGAGGCCACUGCAGGGGGCUUUGCUUCUGCCCUCCAGAGGGUCCUCACUGCCAGCACCCUGUGCACUGGUGACUGUGCUGGACCUGGCAGUCACACCAGUGACCCAUCCUGCUCUCCACACUGGUGGGUAGGACCUCUUUCCCCUCCUCUGAACAAGGCCAGGCAGAGCUCAGCUCCUUCCCUUUACAUUGUCUUUCCUUGUUUGUCUUUCAUGCCCCCCUGUUUGCACAGCUAAUGCCCAUUUCAGAUGUCAUUGCUCAUAUGCAAACAUAGACUAAUUUAUUCAGUCACUAGAAGUCUUCUGGAUUAACAUGACUGUACCUAGAAUCAGAUUCUGCUCUCUAUCCAUGCCUUUCAGGUCUUGUUUUUCAAUAUUUAUGGAAGCUGGAUGUUAAGAGGCCUUUUAAGAUAGCAGGUUAAUUAGAGCAGUGUCACAGUUAAUGGGCUAAAUUUAUUCUUGUCACCAGUGAAGAGCAUCCUGCUGUAAAAGCUUCCAGUACAGGUUCAGCUGGAGAAAGCAGUUCUGGAAACAUUUUGUGCAGGUAAAACCUGUAUGCAGGGGCUCCCUGUACUGGGACACUUUUGUAAAAAUUGUUGCAUUUCUCUGGCAAACAGAAGCAUGUUUUACUUCUUCACCUGUUGUUUUUUUUCUGCAUUUAGCUCCAAAGUAUUUUCAGGUUCAAGUAGCAUAGUGGGACAAAGUUUGAAAAAAUUACACUUACUCAAUUUUUCUUCUUUAGAAACAUACCUUGAAUGUAGCAAAUCAUUUUUAGUGAUUGGCAUUGCAGACAGUCCACAUUGGGAGUUUCCUUAAUACCUGACAAAUAGUUUAGAACAUGUUGAUGUCUAUGCAGAGUGAUAUUUAAUACAUGCAUUUGUUAUUUAUAAGGUCCCAAUUCAGCAAAACAGUUAAACAUAAGCUUAAUUUCAAGUAUUUUUUGCUUAAAUCACAAUCUUUUACAUGAACAAAGAGUGUUGAGCAGAAAUGCUGAUGCUUUACUGAAUUUGAGUCUUUGUUGGUUUUGCUUGAGCUUAAUUACUUUUUCCUCAAAUCAUCUAUUUAUUUUUUUUUCAAGCAUGUACUCCAGAAGACUUCUAAUGUCCCAAUUUCAGUGGAAACUGGAAGUGACAAUACUACUAUAAACAAAAAUGAGCAAAAUGUUAAAAAAACCUUGCAAGAGCAUUCCAGUAAUAUAAAAAUUGAUAAAGCCAUUCAAGAGUUGCCUGAUCUCAAAUGAAAGCAUUAAACAUCACUUCCUUUGUUUUGCUGUUUUCACUGGUACCCAAACUCAUUACACUGAAAGGUGUUCUAAUGCAAAACGCUGCAGAGCUGCAAGCACAGCUCCUUAAGCUUGUCCAUGAGGAAAAUAUGUAGAUAGAACUGUGAUCACUCUUAAAUUCAGCCUGUGUCUCCAGUGACAUUGGUGAUGUUUUCUUGCAACCCAAAUGUUAUUUAGUCAAUAAAUUUAUAAGACAUGGAUCCAU